AUGAGCUCGGGGGACGUCGUUUGCACUGGAUGGCUCAUUAAAUCGCCCCCCGAGAAGAAGCUCAAGAGAUACGCAUGGCGGAAGCGCUGGUUCGUGCUGCGCAGAGGCCGCAUGAGUGGGAACCCAGAUGUGCUGGAAUACUACAGGAACAACCACUCCAAAAAGCCCAUCCGGAUCAUCGACCUCAACGAGUGCGAAGUUCUGAAGCACUCAGGGCCCAGCUUCAUCAAGAAGGAAUUUCAGAACAACUUCGUCUUCAUUGUGAGAACCACCUACCGCACCUUCUACCUGGUAGCCAAAACUGAGGAGGAGAUGCAGAUCUGGGUGCACAACAUCAGCCAGAUCUGUAACUUUGGACAUCUAGAAGAUGGCACAGCCAGUUCAGUGGAAAGCCUGUCUCACACGACCUCGUCCCCGCAGCCAUCGCCAGCCGCCUCCACCCACGCCUCCCACAUCGCCGAUCCCUCCUUCUCAGUCGACCAUGCUGCUGCUGACGCGUCUGCCGCGGAGGAGACCCCCAGCGAGUCAGAGUCGGUCUUUCUCCCUGACUACCUCUUCCUCUCCAACUGCGAGUCGGGCAAGCUCAGCCACAACAGGUGUGACAGCUGGUCGAAUUCCGACAGAUCCCUGGAGCAAACCUCAUCAGAUGAUGUUUUUGUGGACUCCUUACAGUCCCAGCCCUCCUUGUACCUUGUACAGCCAUCCAGCGCUGGCACUGUGCACCAGGAUGGGGCCCUGCUGGCAAAUUCCAGCACUGUAUCCAGGAACGUAGACAUUAGCGGGCCGCCCAGUGACUUUUCCUCCUCUUCUCCACUGCUGGGGACGCCGCUGACACCGACCUUUCAGAUUGACAAGAGCCAGAACAUGCUGCCCUACGGUGUAACCCAGCUGGACGUCCUGUCCAACACACCCCCACCACGGCCGCCCAAGCCAAGCCACUUCUCAGACAGGAGAGGGGAUGAAGUGGGUAGCGGGGCCCUCCAGAACGGGCACGCAGGGAUCUGCCAGGCUCAGGUUGCCCUGGUGCCCAGGAGGAUCUCCUUGUCCAGCUUAGACAACAUGAGGAACUGGAAAGCAGAGAUAGAAGGCAGUUCCUUAAGAAGUCGGGAUAAGAGGCUUAGUUUGAAUUUGCCCUGUCGGUUCUCCCCGCUCUACUCGACUGCUUCGGACAACACAGAGGACAGCUAUGUCCCCAUGCGCCCCAGCACCUCUCCUUCUGCACCUGACUGUUCACCCGAUGGCUACAUCCCCAUGAGCCCCGGCUCAGCCACGUUUACCUUCCCUGUCGUCAGCACUGAAAAACUCACCAGCCCGCUACCUGAGCUGCCCUCGGACUUGGAGCCGCCUCCGGUGAACCGAGACCUCAAGCCUCGUCGGAAAUCACGGCCACCUCCUCUGGACUUGAGGAACCUCUCCACAAUCCGGGAGCAUGCUGCUGUGACCAGGAUGUGGACUGUGCCUUACAAUCGAAUGAGCUUUAUCUCACCAGAAAGAGACGGUAUUAAUUCAGCAAGAAUAUUUGCCAAUUCAGUUUCCGGAGAAGAGGAAGAAAGUUACAUUCAUAUGGAGGAACACAGACAGGCAACAUCUCCUUACAGUGGUGCUUUUCCAUGGACAAGGAAAUCUAACCUUGAUUACUUAGCGUUGGAUUUUAAUUCUGCUUCCCCAUCCCCUGUACAGAAGAAACCUUUUCUCUCUGAGGAGCAGAGAGUGGACUAUGUCCAGGUAGAUGAACAGAAGACUCAAGCUUUACAGAACACUAAGCAGGAAAAGCAGGAAUGGACAGAUGAGAGGCAAUCGAAAGUCUAA